UCCCACCUGCAGUUCUCCAGGCUGCAGGACCCCGACUUCCUGAAAAGUGCAGGCCUCCUCCCCCUGUAGUAUGACUGUUGCUGCAGGCGACCCCUCUGAUGAGGCGGCCGCGCACCCAGGACACCCGCAGGAUUACGACCCAGAAGCUGACCACGAGUGCUGUGAAAGGGUGGUCAUUAACAUCUCAGGGCUGCGUUUUGAGACACAACUCAAAACCCUCUCACAGUUCCCUGAAACACUUCUGGGGGACCCGAAAAAGAGGAUGCGCUACUUCGACCCCUUAAGGAACGAGUACUUUUUUGACAGGAACAGACCCAGCUUUGACGCCAUAUUGUAUUAUUAUCAAUCAGGAGGUCGGUUGAGAAGGCCAGUCAACGUCACCCUUGACAUCUUCUCAGAGGAGAUUCGCUUCUAUGAGCUGGGUGAGGAGGCCAUUGAGAUGUUCAGAGAAGACGAAGGUUUCAUCAAGGAGGAGGAGCGACCCCUUCCCGACAACGAGUUUCAGAGACAGGUGUGGCUUCUCUUUGAGUACCCAGAGAGCUCAGGUCCUGCUAGGAUUAUUGCCAUAAUCUCUGUCAUGGUCAUCCUGAUAUCUAUCGUCAGCUUUUGCUUGGAGACACUUCCUAUUUUCCGCAAUGACGAGGAGGGAAUGCACAAGUCUCAGGCAAAAGUAUUUUCACCUGAGACCAACACCACAAUAAUCAGCUACACAUCCACAUACUUCACUGACCCCUUCUUUGUCCUGGAGACUCUCUGCAUUAUUUGGUUCUCCUUUGAGUUUUUAGUGCGAUUCUUCGCCUGCCCAAGCAAAGCAGGUUUUUUUGGUAAUAUAAUGAACAUUAUUGACAUUGUUGCCAUCAUCCCUUAUUUCAUCACCCUUGGCACAGAGCUGGCAGACAGGGCAGAGGAUGGUCAGGCGGGUCAGCAAGCCAUGUCUUUAGCCAUUCUCAGGGUCAUUCGAUUAGUACGAGUUUUCAGAAUCUUCAAGCUGUCUCGUCACUCCAAAGGGCUCCAGAUUUUAGGUCAGACCCUGAAAGCCAGCAUGAGAGAGCUGGGCCUCCUUAUUUUCUUUCUCUUCAUAGGGGUCAUCCUGUUCUCCAGUGCUGUGUAUUUUGCUGAAGCGGAUGAGCCAGAGUCACAGUUUGAGAGCAUCCCGGAUGCGUUUUGGUGGGCUGUGGUGUCCAUGACGACGGUCGGUUAUGGCGAUAUGGUCCCAACUACAAUUGGUGGCAAGAUCGUGGGCUCCCUCUGUGCCAUUGCGGGUGUGCUGACCAUUGCCUUGCCAGUGCCUGUCAUUGUGUCCAACUUUAACUACUUCUAUCACCGUGAGACUGAAGGUGAAGAACAGGCUCAGUAUCUGCAGGUCAAUGUGCCUAAAACUGAUUCAGCAGAGGAGCUGAAAAAGAGCCGGAGCGGCUCCACCAUCAGCAAAUCAGACUAUAUGGAGAUCCAGGAAGCUGUGAACAACAGCAAUGAGGACUUUCAGGAGGAAAACCUUAAGACUGCCAACUGCACACUGGCCAACACAAACUAUGUAAACAUCACCAAGAUGCUCACAGACGUGUAGUCGUCUGGUUUCCUCCCCAUCAAAGUGGGAAAUGGGGAACUGAGCAACCGAAUGGGACAGAUUACACAUUAUGUGGGAUGGAAAAAAGGCAAUAGGAUACAGAAUGUUGGUG